UGAAAGCCCCAGCUGCUCCAGCCCCAGGAGCUGCUGCUAUUGCGAGGGGAGCGGAGCGGAGCAGGCACACAGACAACGCUCGCACGCCAGCCCUGUGCUCUGCAAAGCGCAGAAGAGCCGACCUAUUGCAAACCCAGACCAGAGGGCGGCGAGAAGCGGCGGGGGGGGAUUUUUUAGGCCCCUCUCUUCAAUGCCUUAGAUAUUUCCUCCUCCUCCUUUAUUCUGCUCUCGGAUAAACCAAUCCCCACCUCUCGGCGAGCAAGUACGGAGCUGUGACCCGGUCUAGGAAGAGGAAAAUCCCUGGAGAAACCCGCUGCACCAAAAAGCCGCCCGGGACAUGUGCAAGUUGGAGCAGUGAUCGCUCGGAUCUGCCCAGACCCAAACUAUUCCGGCAUCGCUCUGCCUGUGCUCCGAGGAAGCAGCAGCGGGGAGGAGGAAGGGUGGUGGAAAGACGGAUCGCAAAAGUGGAAGCCCAAGGAAAAGAAAGUUGCCGGGCUCCCCGCCGUAAGUUUUACGCAACUGUGGAUCGGGGGUACUUUCUCUUUUCCAGUCUGCUUGCGAAGCCGCCCGCCCGCUUCCCUGCGCGGCCGCGGGACCGAUGCUGAGGGGCGAGGGGCCCUGAGGGGUGCGGGCGCUGCCCGCCGCCGCGGCCCGGGCUAUGCUGACCUCCGUCUCGCCGUUCCCCGCUGCCCGGCUCCCUCGCGAAGGUCGGGGGCGAUGCUGUCCCGGGCAGGAGCUGUGGGGCCGCUGAAGUGAAUCCCUCCCGCUCCUCGCCCCCCCGCCCCGCACGGCCCCGGCGCCAGGCGCCUGCGGGAGGCAGCCGCGCUCCGGCCGCACGCCUGGCUGCCCGCGCCGCUGCCGCCACAAUGGGGCCAGCGAGGAGGAACUUCGUCCGGGCUCUCCUGGUGCUCUGCUGGCUGACCUGCGCCUGUACGGGGAUAAGCUCCAUAGACAUUGACCGCCCCGGUGACGGGAGGUGCCAGCCGAUAGAAAUCCCCAUGUGCAAGGAUAUAGGGUACAAUAUGACGAGGAUGCCUAACCUGAUGGGACACGAAAACCAAAGGGAAGCUGCCAUUCAGCUGCACGAGUUUGCCCCCUUGGUGGAGUACGGUUGCCACAGCCAUCUGAAAUUUUUCCUCUGCUCCCUCUAUGCCCCGAUGUGCACAGAGCAGGUUUCCGCACCGAUCCCAGCCUGCAGGGUCAUGUGCGAGCAAGCGAGGCUGAAGUGUUCUCCUAUUAUGGAGCAGUUCAAUUUUAAAUGGCCAGACUCCUUAGACUGCAGCAAACUGCCCAACAAGAAUGACCCCAAUUAUCUGUGCAUGGAAGCCCCCAACAACGGAUCGGAUGAGCCACCCAGAGGAUCCAGCAUGUUGCCACCCAUGUUCCGUCCACAGCGGCCCAGCAGUGGCCACGAUCUGCAGCAGCAUAAGGACAGCCUCAGCAGAACCUCCUGUGAAAACCCUGGCAAGUUCCACCAUGUGGAAAAGAGCGCUUCCUGUGCGCCACUCUGCACUCCAGGGGUUGAUGUUUACUGGAGCAAGGAUGACAAACAAUUUGCUGUCAUUUGGAUUGCCAUCUGGUCAAUUCUGUGCUUCUUCUCCAGUGCUUUUACUGUACUCACUUUUCUGAUAGAUCCUCAGCGUUUCAAGUACCCUGAGAGGCCCAUUAUCUUCCUUUCAAUGUGCUACUGUGUCUAUUCAGUGGGGUACAUUAUUCGCCUCUUUUCAGGUGCUGAAAGUAUUGCCUGUGAUAGGGACAGCGGCCAACUCUAUGUCAUCCAGGAAGGACUGGAGAGCACUGGCUGCACCAUUGUCUUCCUGGUUCUGUAUUACUUUGGUAUGGCAAGUUCCUUAUGGUGGGUAAUCUUGACUUUAACUUGGUUUCUAGCAGCUGGGAAAAAGUGGGGGCAUGAAGCAAUUGAAGCAAACAGUAGCUACUUUCAUUUGGCAGCGUGGGCCAUUCCAGCUGUGAAGACCAUAAUGAUCCUAGUUAUGAGAAGGGUGGCUGGAGAUGAGCUGACAGGGUUGUGCUAUGUUGGAAGCAUGGAUGUGAAUGCCUUGACGGGGUUUGUGCUCAUUCCUUUGGCCUGUUAUCUAAUCAUUGGCACUUCUUUUAUUCUUUCUGGGUUUGUGGCCCUUUUUCAUAUCAGGAGGGUGAUGAAAACAGGUGGAGAAAAUACUGACAAGUUGGAGAAACUUAUGGUCAGGAUUGGUGUCUUCUCAGUCUUGUAUACAGUGCCUGCAACUUGUGUGAUAGCUUGCUAUUUUUAUGAAAGACUUAAUAUGGAUUAUUGGAAAAUAGUGGCAACUCAACAGAAAUGCAAGAUGAACAACCAGACUAAAAAUUUAGACUGCAUGAUGAAUAAUUCUAUUCCAGCAGUAGAAAUUUUUAUGGUAAAAAUUUUUAUGUUAUUAGUUGUGGGCAUUACUAGUGGUAUGUGGAUUUGGACUUCCAAGACUCUCCAGUCCUGGCAAAAUGUUUGUAGUCGAAGAUUAAAGAAGAGAAGUAGGAGAAAACCUGCAAGUGUUAUUACAAGUAGUGGAAUCUACAAAAAACCUCAACAUCCACAGAAAACUCACCUUGCAAAAUAUGAAUCAACAUUACAACCACCCACUUGUGUGUGACCAGGCUUUAGAAAAGACUGUAUCUCACCUUACAGACUUACAAAUGUCCAUCAUAGCAGUCAGAUUUUUUCUAAAAAUGGUGCUUUUUUUUUUUUUGUCAGAGAGCAGUUUAAUAUCUCAAGGCAAAAAAUGUACCUGCUGAAUUCAGGACCUGAUGAAAAACUGAAGGUACUUACAGAAAGGUUUCCAGUGAAAGGAAUAUUGUGAAUUAGAACAGUCUCUUCUGUUACUAAUUUGUAGUUAAGUACUUUAUCCAGCCCUCAGUUUUAUUUAAAAAAAAACCAAAACCCCAACACCCUAUUUAAUUUUUUCAUGUAGCUGAGCUGGAUUUCCUACAGGUUUCUGAGUAACAAGGUAUAGUCAAGUUUUAUGGAGCAAUUAUUUUAUUUUAAAAGUGCCCAAGUGAGCGUUUUCUCUUUAGGGAAUCUAAGGUCCCAAAGAGGCCUGUCCUCAGUAGGUGUGCUAUCUGUGAAUGCAACUUCCAUGCUAACUUUAAAAAAGAAAAGAGAUAAAUCCUUUACAACUGAUCUCAGCCUAGUGGGUUUGGAGUGCCUAAAAAUAGGUUCAAUCUAUAAUGCUCACCAAUAUUCUUUCACUAAAAGAGAAACUUCCUGCACCAGACGCAAACUUUGUGAAUAAGAAUAAUGUGCAAUACAUUUUUUUUUCUUACCAUGACAUGAAAAGAGAAACAAGUAUUUUGCUGUACAUAAAGACAACAAAAGAAAUCUCUUCACAAAAGAACUAAGAGGUCUAGUCCUCAGAAACCCUUUAGUGUUACAUUUUGUGGCUUUUUAAUGGAAAUCAAGCCAAUGUUAUACACGUUUGGACUGAUUUGUGCAAAAAAAAGGGGGGGGAUCAAUUCAAAGAGACCCAAAGGGCUUAUUGACUCUUUCUAUUGUUAAACAAAUUCUCAGUAUGAAUAGAUCAAGAAGCACUAGAUUCUGCAAAGGGAAGCUUUGUAUAGAGUGAUGCUCUUUACUGUGCUGGGGGCGCACAGUUCUGUGCUGUAUAUAUUUGUAAUAUACAAUUAUUUUUCAUGCUCCAAUAUUUUAUUAAAAAUAAAAU